UUAAAGCGGUGAUUGUAGGAAAAUUGCUGCUACGACUUCGAAAACAGAGAAAGAGACAGACAAUAAUUAGAGACCGCACAGUUUCAGUGUAAAUUCUUUUGUUAUUUCAACUUGUGUUAUUUCGUUAAAUUAUCCCCUGCAGUAGUGUGUGUUGACAAAAAAACCACAGGAAUAGCCCGACCGGCUUGAUUUGGUCCUCGCUGGGUGGGUUUUAUCCCCGGCUAGUUGGUUAGCCAGCCAGCUAGCUAACUAACUAACGUGAGCAGCCAGCAAUCCACCCAUCACUUAAACUCACAGAACAUUGUUGGUCUUGCAGCCGUUUGAUUCUGCCUGCAGUCCAUCAUGGAGAAGGAUGCCAGUGAACAGCAGAACAACGAUGACACGGCUGUUGUGGACCAGCCCAAGCUAAAACCAGGAGCCACUGCUCCGUUCAGAUACACCAAGGAAGAGCUUCUGGAUAUAAAGGAACUGCCGAUUUCCAACAAAAGGCCUGACUGCCUCUCUGAGAAAUAUGACAGUGAUGGUGUCUGGGACCCAGAGAAAUGGCAUGCCUCCCUGUACCCCACUUCAGAGAGAAACUCCCCAAUCGAAGGCUUUAAAAAGGACUACGUGGAUGAAAGAGUUCAUUUGAAACGUAGAAUCCCAGAUCCCCGUGAGCGGUUAAAGGAGGACGACCUAGAUGUUGUACUGAGCCCACAGCGGCGAAGCUUUGGAGGUGGAUGUCAAGGUAACGCUGUGCCUGCCUCCAACACCCGGCGCCCUAUAAGCCCGCUGGAGAAUAAGGAAAACGAGACUCUCCGUCUCGGAGGGGCUCGCAGAAUCGGCAGUGGGCGCAUCAUUGCCGCUCGGGCCUUUGAGAGAGAAGCUCGUGCAGAGAAAGAGAGGGAACGGGAGAGAGACUUCAAAGAUAAAAGAUUCAGGAGAGACUUUGGUGAGAAGCGUGUGUUCAGUGAACGAAGAAGAAAUGACUCGUAUGCCGAGGAGGAGCCGGAGUGGUUCUCAGCCGGUCCCACCAGCCAGUCUGAGACGAUUGAACUUAUCGGAUUUGACGACAAAAUUUUGGAGGAGGACAAACGUAAAACCAAGCGGUCAAGGAAGCGAAUGGACUCUGUGAAAGAAGCAGUGGAAUGUAAUGGUGGAUUAGCCGAGGAGCAAGAUGUGGCUUUGCAGUCUACAGCUGAUCAAGAAGUUCCCCAUCCAGAUGUUCUUCCAGACCAGUCAGCUGGGGACUUUGACUUCAAUGAAUUCUUCAACUUAGAGAAAACAAUGCCGGGACUAGCCUUUAUGAUAGAGGAUGUUUUGGGAGAAGGCCCUGUGUCAGCCAGCCGCUUUAGUCGAUGGUUUUCCAACACCCUGAGCCCAUCAGGCAGCCGGUCCAGCAGUUUGAGGUCCACUCCUCACGAGGAAUUGGAAAAACUUGCAGGGCUUGACCCACGCUGCACAUCUACUAGCCAAGGCUCUGCGUCAUACUUCACACCUAUUCAGUCAUCAGAGGGCAAAGAAAAAGUGGACAUCUUGGAGCUGCUGCACAAGGCCAAAAUAGACCUGAAACCCCUUCUGUCCACACUGUCGGUUAACAAAGCACGGCUACGAGAAAGCACUAACUCGGGGGCGGUGCUCUCUCUGGAGGAAGUUGAAGGAGGGAUGAAGGGAAUGAAGCUCAAAUCGGAGCCGCACGUGCAGAAAGUGACCCCUUCACAGAGGGGAAACGGCACACCCUUCAUGGCCGAGCAUCUAGAAGAGGCUUUAACAGGUGGAUCUGUUAGCCGGCCCUGCUCCCGUGACACAGACAUGUCUGCUUUUAAUAAACUGGUCAGCAGCAUGAAGGCAAGUGGAACUCUGCCAACUCACCCCAAACUCAACACAAACGAUCAACCUUCAGAGCAAAGUGUGGUGACGCUGUCUGAUCGUGUACCUCCUCAGCAACAGAAAAACAUAUUUCAGGAGCUCCUUGGCGUUCGUAGUAGCUCCCCGACACCUUUAGGCGGUCUGAUGGGUGGCUCUGAGACCUCAGUAACUUCUGGCCCUCUACAUGGCUUACUGCACAAGGGCCCAUCACCCACUCUGUUUCCACAGAGGCCCCCCUCACCUGACUACUUCAACAACAGGAUGCCACCUACUACAGGAUUUCCUGCUGGUCCUCAGUCUUUGCUGCCAGAUAAGUUUGACAUCCACAGGUCUAUCAGUCCUUCUCAGCAGCAGAUCAGGGCGCUCUCUGGACCUAUGAAUCAGGCUGAUCUUGAAGUUCUGGCACUGCAGCAGGACUUUGCUCUACAUGCCCACCAAUCAUUUCAGUCAGGCUACAACAAGUACCCACAGGACAGGUCUUUCAGAAAUAGGCCACAGCGUGUUAAUCGGUCCCCUGGACCUCUGCCUGCUGGAAGAACCUCCCCAGGAAAUGCUGUCACUAGCAUGUUAUCCCCGUCAUUCACACCCACGUCUGUGAUCCGUAAAAUGUACGCAACGAAAGAGAAAAGCAAGGACGAACAGUCGAGUCGUUCAGAAACUAAGGAAGAAACGACCACUAACUCACAAGAUGGCAACAGUUCUCCAAACCACCUCCCGGAGUCCGUGGAUGGUAAUGUAGCACAGUCAGUGGGGGUAAAGGUCAACUCCCAAAACCUACAACGUAAAGACCAAGAGCAUCUCAGGCCUGGUUCCACUGGACACCACAUGCCUCCAAUGGCACCUCCAGGACCAUCUUCACCCUUUUCACGUCCAAUCUACCCUGUACCGCUUCUAUCCCAUGUCCCCAUGGUGCGCCCUCCUCAGCUCCCCCCUAACGUAGUUCAGAGAAUGCUUGCACAAGGGAUCCCACCCCAGCAGCUUGGUCCUGCGCUUAUGCAAGCAGGUAUGUUUUCACCACAUGUUGACCUCGCACAACUUCAAGGCUUACCUUCAGCCCUGCUAGGACAGCCGCUGUACCCCUUAAAUGCAACAGGACUUCUACCUACCAGGGCCAAUACUCCGAUGCAGUUAACAGUCAUGCAGCACCAGCAGCUUCAGGGACAGAGACCAAUGCAUCCCUGCAUACCAGGCGCUCAGUCACAAAGCCAAGGCCUCCACCGGACAAACGGCGCCCAGCGACACGGGGCAAGCCCCCCUCCGGGUCUCGCCAAGUGGUUCGGAUCAGAUAUGCUAGAACAGCAACUGCCCUCCAUGCCGGCUAAAGUCAUCAGUGUGGAUGAAUUGGAGUUCCGCCCAUAAAAAAAGGAAACAUUUGCUGGAAAGUGAGAUGUUGUCCCUCUGCCUAUCUUCACCUCCUGCUUACCAUGACAAUGUGAACUUUAAUUUGAAAGAUGGUGCAUAGUUGGACAUUAUAAUGAUGUUUUUUUGAACAUAUGAGUGGAGAUUUAUUUUGCCAGUUUGGUUAUCUUUUUUUUUUCUAUUAGUAAAUAAUGUAAAGGCUCAAUUGUACAGACCGUGAGAGAAUCUUAUUCCGUGUAUAUAGCUGUAGUUUUUUUUUUGUUUUUUUCUCCUGAUCUUGGGUGGGGUGAAAUAGUUCUGUAGUUUGAACCUGAAUUGGGAGAUGUAGCAUUCCUUUGUAGUGGUCAUCUUAACCUCCUCCCUCUCUGACAAUGAGAAUGGCCACUGCUGGUGUUUAUUUGGUGCACACUCCACCGUAUUUCAAGGCGCCACUGAUGGCUCUUUCACCGAAGAGGUUAAAUAUGGCAAGAAACCACUGGAGGAUGCAGGAAGCUGGUUGUGCCUUUUUUUUUUGGAGGGGGCCCUAUUUCCCCUUUAAUUUCUCCCUGUAUUCGCUCUGUCCUGUGUCACAAGAAUUCAGCACUGCUCACAGUCGUUUGAGGGUGUUUGGGAUUCAGUUUAUGUGCUAUUAAGUUAUAAGAAGCACAAAUAGAAUAAAUAAAUAAAACCUUGAGUAAAAAA